UCUCGAGACCACCAAGAGUCAAUGGUCCUUUUGACAGGCUGCGUGUUCGGACUCUGUGGGUCAAUCUAGCCGGCUGUUCUCCGGGCCCAAGCUGGCAAGCAGCAAACACGGAAAUACUGAGAAUUACACGGAAAGAAUCUGCAGGCUAAUCCCAUGUCAGCGGUGGAACACGAACCGAACGGCGACGUUACAGCUGCUCGAAUCGAUCGUGACGUUGCCCUACGCAAUAGGGGUAUUACGAGGGUCAGGCAAGCCAGCCCAGGGACAAAGAAUAAAACCAGGAAAUAUACAACGAAAGAAGGGGGAAUGAACACGCAGACACACACAGAACACAGAACUGGGGAGGCCAACAGUUCGUCUUUUGGUAUGAUUGCCUCGUGAGUAAGAAAGAUAGAGAAAUGAUAAAAGUCAGGAGGGGGUCGAUGAGGGGAAUGAAGAAAGAAGAUAGAGAGAGUUCAAGAGCAACACACAAGGUAAUCUAGCUAUGUGAGGCUGAGGGAAUGUUUGAACAAGGAUGUACCUGCCACCAAGGGAAUGGGGAGGGGAGGGAGGGGGGGUAUUAG